CAGCAAGGUGGUCCUGGCAGGGGAGGGGUCGAUGUCGAGAUUGGGCACCGGGGGGAAGAAUGUCUCCUUUCAACUUUGUCUGUGGCUUGCACCCCCGGAGAAGGCCACACGCCGGUUGUGGGGUGCAGAUGUGCCGAGAGUGAUUUCUAAGUAGUUGAGUUGUCGAGAUGAGGGUACGACUGCUAAUGGUAGGCAGGUUUUGUUUUCAUUGGUGAAUCUGGUGUCAUCAUAUUCCGGUCAUAUGUUGAAAUAUUCUUUGUUUAGGUCUUGAAGUAGAGGAUCUUACUCCGCACGUCCACAUUGUGGUGUUUUUAAAUGAUGUCUCUGCAAGUCUGGCUUUCUAGAAUUUAAAAUGUGAGUUAAGGUCCGGGCGUGUGCGGGCCUCAGCACUGGCCUUGACAGUGAACUUUGUGGCUCUGUUUUGGUUUUCAAAGAUUUGCUCCAUAGCUGGGGUGCGAGCUGUGCAUUUUAGUGUCAGGAAUGUAGAUGCUUGAGCUGGGGACGUUGGAGAAGGAAGAACAUUUAUAUAUUAAUAAUUGAUAGCUGAAUAUUAGGAUCAGAUUAAUUUGGACUGAUGAAAGUUUUUUUUUUUUUAAAGCAGCUAUGCACUCUAGGAAGGAAGCCUUUUCAUAGGCACACUUUAUAGGGGUUCUUUAGGGCGCAGAGCUUGAAUAUCUCCUUUUAGAGAGGAUACUCACCAACAUCUGUAGCUUCACUGAGGGCCUGAUAAAGGGACUGAAACUGGGGCUAAGAUAUCGAAGUGUACUUUUCAGUGUUUAUGUUGUUUGUUUACAUCUGAUGUUCACUCACGUUUGGCCAGUAGAAAUAAAUAGGUCAGCUUUUCUUUUGCCUUCUGAAAACUAGCCCCCUCACCCAACCCCCUUUUUUCCUAAGUUUCACAAUUUACUUGGUUUCACAGCAUUGUAGGAAAUUGUUACUACAUUUUUACUGGAAAUACUAUUAUUCAUUUUGAUUUUGGACAUGAGCUGCUUUUCAGCUCUUGAAAUUGUUCGAGGAUGAUUUUUUAUCUACACGGCUUUCAGCUUUUUGAGAAGGAAAAGGGACACCUGGGAAUAUUGAAAAAUGGUGGGUGCACCCACUUGGAGACUAGCGGCCUAGACAGGCCAUUCUUCUGCAGAAGAGGCAGCCAUGGGGACACCUGGAGGACCCUUGGUACAAUGGAGCAAGAGAACUGAAGGAGAGCCAGUUUCCCCAAAAUUGGACUUCUCAGAACCUUUAAUAUGCUAAUGUGCAUUGUGAAUCUCCAAGAGGGGGAUAUGAUAUGCAGCAUUCUUGAAUACUUCUAUUGACAGGGAGCCCACUACCUCAUAAGCUGCAGUGAGAAGAGGAGUUUGUAAUUUUAAACAAAGGCUGAAGAAACUGUAGAUAGCAGACAUAGAAAAAGUGGAGAAAGUAGAGGAUGGAGUUGCAGACUCUACAGGAGGCUCUUAAAGUGGAAAUUCAGGUUCACCAGAAACUGGUUGCUCAAAUGAAGCAGGAUCCGCAGAUAUUUUUUCUUUCCAAUCAGAAUGCUGAUUUAAAGAAACAGCUUCAUGAACUCCAAGCCAAAAUCACAGCUUUGAGUGAGAAACAGAAAAGAGUCGUCGAACAGCUGCGGAAGAACCUGAUAGUAAAGCAGGAACAGCCGGACAAGUUCCAGAUCCAGCCGUUGCCGCAGUCUGAGAGCAAGCUGCCAGCGGCGCAGCCGCCGCCCCUGCCGCCGCUGCAGCCGCCCUACCACCACCACCACGCGCAGCCGGCCGCGCCCGCCCCCGGCCUGACCGCCGCACAGAAGACUGUAACUACAGCUUCUAUGAUUACCACAAAGACACUACCUCUCGUCCUGAAAGCAGCAACUGCGACCAUGCCUGCCUCUGUUGUGGGCCAGAGACCUACCAUUGCUAUGGUGACCGCCAUCAACAGUCAGAAGGCUGUGCUCAGCACUGACGUGCAGAACACGCCAGUCAACCUCCAGACGUCGAGUAAGGUCCCUGGGCCUGGGGCAGAGGCUGUCCAAAUUGUGGCAAAAAACACAGUCACUCUGCAGGUUCAGGCAACACCUCCUCAGCCCAUCAAAGUACCACAGUUUAUCCCCCCUCCUAGACUCACUCCACGUCCAAACUUUCUUCCACAGGUUCGACCCAAGCCUGUGGCCCAGAAUAACAUUCCUAUUGCCCCAGCACCUCCUCCCAUGCUUGCAGCUCCUCAGCUUAUCCAGAGGCCCGUCAUGUUGACCAAGUUCACCCCCACGACCCUCCCUACCUCCCAGAAUUCUAUCCACCCCGUCCGUGUCGUCAAUGGGCAGACUGCAACCAUAGCCAAAACGUUCCCCAUGGCCCAGCUCACCAGCAUUGUGAUAGCUACUCCAGGGACCAGACUCGCUGGACCUCAGACUGUACAGCUUAGCAAGCCAAGCCUUGAAAAACAGACGGUUAAAUCCCACACAGAAACAGAUGAAAAACAAACGGAGAGCCGCACCGUCACCCCGCCUGCUGCCCCCAAACCAAAACGGGAGGAGAACCCUCAGAAACUUGCCUUCAUGGUGUCUCUAGGGUUGGUGACACACGACCAUCUAGAAGAAAUCCAAAGCAAGAGGCAAGAACGGAAAAGAAGAACAACAGCGAAUCCGGUGUACAGUGGUGCGGUCUUUGAGCCGGAGCGUAAGAAGAGUGCAGUCACGUACCUGAAUAGUACAAUGCACCCCGGGACCCGGAAGAGAGGUCGUCCUCCAAAAUACAAUGCAGUGCUGGGGUUUGGAGCCCUUACCCCAACAUCCCCCCCAUCCAGUCAUCCCGACUCCCCUGAGAAUGAAAAGACAGAGGCCACAUUCGCUUUCCCCGCGUCUGUCCAGCCUGUGUCCCUGCCCAGCCCCACCUCCACAGACGGUGACGUCCAUGAGGACUUUUGCAGUGUCUGCAGAAAGAGCGGCCAGCUGCUGAUGUGCGACACUUGUUCCCGGGUGUAUCAUCUGGACUGCUUGGACCCUCCUCUGAGAACGAUUCCCAAGGGCAUGUGGAUCUGUCCCAGAUGUCAGGACCAGAUGCUGAAGAAGGAAGAAGCAAUCCCAUGGCCUGGAACUUUAGCAAUUGUUCAUUCCUAUAUUGCCUACAAAGCAGCAAAAGAAGAAGAGAAACAGAAAUUACUUAAAUGGAGUUCAGAUUUAAAACAAGAACGAGAACAACUAGAGCAGAAGGUGAAACAGCUCAGCAAUUCUAUAAGUAAAUGCAUGGAAAUGAAGAACACCAUCCUGGCCCGGCAGAAGGAGAUGCACAGCUCCCUGGAGAAGGUAAAACAGCUGAUCCGCCUCAUCCACGGCAUCGACCUCUCCAAACCUGUAGACUCUGAGGCCACUGUGGGGGCCCUCUCCAACGGCCCGGACUGCACCCCCCCUGCCAACGCCAGCACCUCCACGCCGGCCCCCUCCCCACCCUCCUCCUCCUCCCAGAGCUGCACAGCGAACUGUAACCCGGGGGAAGAGACUAAAUAACAGAGCCCGCUAGGAGAAGCCACGAGAUCCCGGCGCAAGGAGAGCAGAACCCUGAAGACUCUAGCAAAGCCAAGCCGGGUUUCUUCUGGGAAGUACAGAAUUCUUUUGGUUCUUUGGUUCCAGAGAGAGAGAAGAUGCUUGUGCCAGGUGGCACCAGAGUUUGCCAAUUGAUCCUUCUUCUUCUGUGUGUACAUGCAAAGAUUGGACCAUGUUACAUGAAAUAGUGCCAGCUGGAGGUUCUUUGCCAGCACCAUGCCAAGUGAAAUAAUAUAUUUACUCUCUCUAUUAUACACCAGUGUGUGCCUGCAGCAGCCUCCACAGCCACGAGGGUUUGUUUUGUUUUGUCGGGUGGGGAGCAGGGCCGGGCGAACGGAGGAGAGCAGGUUUCAGAUCCUGGUUUGCCGAGCCGCUCGUUUAGGUAGAGGAGACAAGUCCAAAGAGUGUGUGGGCUUUCCUGUUCUAAACUCUCACCACUAUAAAACCAAAAAGAGGAAACGGAGAUUUCACCAACCCCAGUGCCCAGAGGAGGGGUGGGGGAGGGGGUGGGAGGGAGCCGGGGUGGGAAGAGCGUACCGAAUAAGCAGUAUUUCAUAGUGUCUGGAGUGGGCACCGUGCCGGGAGCGAUGGACACCAAGAACCAGCCGCCUGGUUCUUCUCCGGAGCACCCCGCUCCCGACUGUGGGCACCCCCAUGCUCCCCAAGUUCCUUCCCUGCUUUGGCAAAUUGGUGCCAUCCCCAUGGGUGAGCCGGUUACCUUCCCUCUCCAAGAACAAGCAGAACCAGGCCUCAGGUGGCCCUUGCCCGGGGCAGGGAAGAAGGGUGUGUGUGUGUGUGUCGAGAAAGGAAAAACGGUGGAUCAGUGAUUUUACUUGAAAACAAGCUCCAUCCCUUUUCUAUAUUUAUAAGAAGAGAAGAUCCUGAGCGAAGCAGCACGCGACCCAGGUGUGUGUGAAUCGAAUGGAGAUGUUUCUUUUCUCUCUUUUUUUUUUAAUUUUUGUUUUUGUUUUUUUUUUCUUUUAAAAAAAAAGUUUUAUUUUGUUGUUUAUUUUACUUUUUUGGUAACAAAAACUAAAAUAAGGAAUAGAAAAGCUGUUUUUCAGGCUGACAGUCCAAUUAAGGGUAGUCGAGACCUUGCAUGGUAGAAUAGGAAUCAUAGUGUCAGUGAGGUCCAGUGAGUCUGUGUGAGUCCUUUGUGUCAUCGUUCGGGGCACUGUUUUUUUAUGCAAGGGCAAAAAUCUUUGUAUCUGGGGAAAAAAAAACAAAACAACAACAACUUUUUUUUUUUAAUUAAAAAGGAAAAUAAAAGAUAUUGAGGUCUUCCUAGUGUUACUUAAAUUAAGAUCAAGGUAAGAAACAUUGUAAAAAAAAAAAAAAUUACAAAAGUGCUAUUUGUUUCCUAAAAACAGUGAUUUCUAUUAAAAAGGUGUCAGAACUGGAGAAAAUGCUGUGUAGUUAUAAUUUUUUAGCACAGAACCUGCUGAUCAUGAUGACAUUUUGCUGUGUUUGUGUCUCAAGACUGGUGGGCUAGUCCCCGUGAUUUCUGUCCUCCGGACGGCUGCAGCCCUGAAAGGCAGGGGCAGAGCUCUCCCACCAUCCUCCCCUCCUCGGAAAAGACUGUCCUCCCUGCUUGGUGCAGGGAGCGGAGCUCCCGUUUCUGGAGCCCACACGGAGCGCGGAUGGUGUCAGGGCCCUGCUUCUCGUCUCCUCGGGUUUUGCUGGAGCAAAAGGCUGGUGCCUAAAUCAGAUCCUUCCUUUGGUGCUGCUCUUGGUCUUUCAGCCACCAGCAUUUCGAGUGCCUGGGGGACAGCUUUGAAGGGAGUGGCCAGUGAAGCUCACUGGUGCCCACACAGCCCAGCUUUGAAGGGUGCAGGGAGCAGGCUGGCUGCAUCGGCCCUUGGUGCUUAGAGAGGAUGAGGGAGUGAGAUGUCUUGAGGGGACAGGGUGUCUCUGAGACGAGGGAGUCCCUGGGCGGCCUUUGUCUGCACGCCUUUGAAGAACGGUCUGCAUCUCCAGCCGCUUUCUCUGCCUGCUGGCUCCAGGCACUGGCGAUGGGAGUCUUACCCCCCUUUGCCCACCCACAAGCUUCCUGGGUGACCUUUGGCUAGAACGCUGUGCUUGCCUUGGCCUGGCCUGUCGCCUUCUUGAGAAAACCAGGGUUCUGAGAGGCUCGGACCAUUUCUGUCAUUUUUGCCUUGUGGGAAAUAAAUUUUUGUCAUGUGUGCACUCCUGCUGGAGACCUUUGCCCACGGCACACAUCUGGCCUCAGGAGAGAGGCAGAGACUCUGUGCCCAGGCACUCCCAGAGCAUCUCCCCCAAGUCUGCCCCAUGUCCAAUAAGGGCCAGAGUCUAGGAGGGGGCAGGAAUGGACCAGUCAUCUCUCCUUCACCUAGUGCGGCCGGGAGAGACAGAGAUGGACCCUGAAGGCGACUGCCACAGAGCAGUCCUUUUCACGUAAAAUGUGUCUCUUCUCUGCCAACCGUCUUCGUUCCUCUUCCCGGGAUGUUUGUUAGAAGAGGGGAUGAGGAGGGGGCUGCACCGGCCUCUUGAGAGUCAGGGCGUGGCUGCAGGGUUGCCCGAGGGGGAAAGAAAGGCACUCCCUCUGCUCAGGCAAAAACCAAGGUGCUAUGUCUAGUCAGGGAGCGUUGGGAGAUGCCUGGACUCGUUGGAGGAAUGGUUGGCAGGGCUUCAGAGCCCAGAGGCGGGCUGUGCGCCCUGUCUUGGAGCCCUCCCAUCGGACUUGUCUGGGCCCAGAAACAGGAGGUGGCCGCUUAAUACCUGUCUUCUUGAAAGAAGAGGCCUUUGCUCAGGAAGGAUCCCCCUGGGGAUUCUCAGGGGUGGGUGGCUGGGCCAGGAACUUACACCAGGGUUUUGCAGGCUGCUGUGAGCAGGCACUCUCUGACCUUGCCUAAGGUUGGGGUGCGAUUCUUCUCAAGUUCAGAUGGAAGCCGUUGUGCUAGUCAGCUAGGAUGACUGAGUGAAAAACUGCAGCCCUGCCCCCAAACCCGCAUUCUGGAUUCAAAUCCCCAAACUCCCCUCACUGCAGAGAAAAGGCCCUAGUCACCCGUGUCCUCCUCCUCCACUGUCCUGCCAAGAGAAGAGCCUCCCCGUCCCUCCAGACCCGAGGGUCCCUGUGACCACCCGAGACACACCUUCAUGACCGCCCCACCUCGCUCUUCCUCUCCGCUGCUUUUCCCCAUGUCCGGAUGUAGCCACUGACAGGCACGUCCAAGGGCAGCCGGCUUGCGGCCACUUCAGAGGCCAGGGGAGCGGCUGGUCAGGGACUGGGACUGAUCCAGCUGACCACUUGGGCUGGAUCAAGAGGCCUCUGUCAGGCCCGCAGCCACGGUGACGCGCCCUGGAGGCAGUGAGGUCAUGUUGCUGUCAUCUUCCCUGCUCACGGUCUUGCCAGUGUGGCCUGCAGCUCCCUUUUUCUUGCAGAGCCUGCUGGGUCUUGUCUCACCUCUGCUGAGCUAAUCCAGAGUUCUGCUUGCUUCCUUCCUUACUGGGCCAGGGAGGCCCCGCUCGAGACAGCCCCUCACGGGCCUUAACCUGUGUGGGGCCUGUACCCUGGCCAUGGUGGCCUCCGGCUGGCACCCAGCGCCCAGUGUCUGCUGGCCUGCUGGUCCCUGUGGCUUCUUGGCUCAGGCUCAACCGGGCGUGUGAGUGGGGCGCGCUUCCUCGCCCCACGCCUCUCCCGUGAGGGCGACCGCGUUUGCAGCUCACUGCAGUCUCUGUGUGCGCGGUCGCCUCUCCAGCCGUCUCUGCCACCUACUCCUGGGGCCAGCAGAGCCUUGCUGGGCUCUCAUCCCGAACCACGACGACCCACACAGCACACUCAUAGCAGUUUCCUCCCUACAUUCCCUUUUAGGGUUUAGUCUUUCUCAUUUAUCCAAAGGGCUUAAUUUAGGAGACUUUUACCCCAGGGGAAGAAGGCUUUUUGGUAGGAGGGAGAAUGGGGGCCCAGGUACGUCUUCCAGUCCCUGGGUUCUCCAGAUUGCGUGGCUUUUGUUGGAUGGAGGUGACCUUACUCUGUGUGAAAAAGAAGACCGUGGACCUCACCCCCACCCCUCAGCUGGGCACCCUUGGCAGGAAACAGGAGACCUGUUCUCUCCGGCUUAGAGCAAUCCUCAGUGUCAGCUCCUUUCUAGGAGGUGAAGGGUGACCCUCCCACCAGGGUAAAGGGGAAGAACUGGAGGGUUUUCCUAUUUAGAGAGCCCCGGUGGAGCUCCUGAAAAUAGCCCUUGUCAAGGAAGAGCAGGGCUCACAACGUCUCUUCACUCUCCGCCCGCAGAGGCUCUUGUUCCGAGGACUCCACCAGCCCCACAGCAGCCUCUGGCCCCUGUCCCUCUCUCCGCUGUUGCUGGGUCCUCAGCCCAGGGUACGCUGCAGUCAGGCAGGACCGCCGGAGGUCAGUGAGCUCUGAGCAGAAAAGUGCCAGCCAGCUCCCAACCUGUCUCUUGUCCAAGCCCUUUGUGAUUUCAGUCUUGGUAGAACUUGUAUUUGGAGUUUUGUGCUUCAAAGUUUUUGUUUUUGUUUGUUUGAGUUUUGUUUUGAGGGGGUGGGGGGGAUACAGAGCAGCUGAUCAAUUUGUAUUUAUUUAUUUUAACAUUUUACUAAAUAAAGCCAAAUAAAGCCUCUCAGA